AUGAUAAGAUCAUUUGAGCUUCAGGGGCAGUGGUUCCCAUUACCCAAAGUGGGUCCAACUCCAACCCCCAUUCAUCACAUCACCACCGCCGCUUCUCUCCGCCUGGGCCACCAUCUCGCCCAUCACCAAUUCCGCCUUGAUUCUCUUUUUCGUUCCUACUUUCAGAAGCUUGCUCAUCUUAGUCCCCUGCAUAGAUUGAAGAAAGGAAUUAAUUUUCUGCCAUUGUCAAGUCAUGCUUCACCUUGCUUUAGUUUCUUUAAUGGGGGAGAAACUAGCAAUGACUCCACAAAUGAAGGGACGUCUAACUCUAAGGUGUCCAGUAUAAACUUCUUCAAUGGGAGGCAAUGGACUAAUGUCCUCCUUGCUCUUAAUAUCUUAGUUUACAUUGCACAAAUUGCAACACAAGAUGAGUUACUCCUAUGGGGAGCCAAGAUAAAUAGGCUCAUCGACAAAGGGCAAUUGUGGAGGCUGGUCACAUCUUCUUUUUUACAUGCAAAUGUUGGGCACCUAAUGGUUAAUUGUUAUUCUUUAAAUUCCGUUGGUCCUACCAUGGAGAAGAUCAGUGGUCCUAAUAGAUAUCUUGCACUCUACUUCGCCUCUGCAAUUGCAAUGGUUUCGAGAAAAUCAGGUUCAGCGAUGAGUUAUUGGUUCAGUGAGGCACCUGCAGUUGGUGCAUCAGGGGCAGUCUUUGGAUUAGUUGGAUCUCUUGCUGUCUUCGUCAUGAGGCAUAGAGGUCUGGUUGGACGUGGCAAAGAAGAUCUACAGCACAUAGCACAUGUAAUUGCCGUAAAUAUGGCUAUGGGGUUUUUCUUCAAAGGCAUUGAUAACUGGGGACAUUUUGGAGGCUUGCUUGGUGGAGUUGCCACAUCAUGGCUUCUAGGUCCUGCAUGGAAGUACGAAUCUCCCUCCAGUGAUGGUCGAAGAAUCUUUUCUGACAAGGCUCCUAUUUUCUACCUCAUCAACGCAAAGAAGAGAUCCUAG